UUUCGGCCAUAAGAGCGUGUAACGUUGACAAGUUACGUCCUCUUCAGCAUUGUCCUCUUUAUAGUACAGUUCAUCUAAGCGCCCUGACUGUAUCAAUUACAAGUUCAUAAAGGAAUCCAUCGCCGGGGAAAAUGCUUAGAAGCAGGAGACUUUCGACUGGUCCGUGUGCGGCCGUUGGCCAAGUCAACCCUAGCUAUGAGCCCGAUAGCGCGGUGGAAGGACGCCAGACAACCGUCACUUUUACGGGCUUGUCGGCCAGCGCUCUGAACUCCAAGCCGUUUACACCGCUGAAGAAGAAGAGCUCGCUGAUGAGCUUGUGGAGUAAUGACAGCCGUGAUCAAAAGCUCAAGACUUUGAAACAGGAGUUGGAAAUGGAUGAGCACAAGAUCCCCCUGCAAACUUUGUUCUCCAGGUUUAAAACAGAUCCAGUCAAGGGAUUGUCGCAACAGUACGCACAAGAGAAGUUACUUCAAGACGGACCCAAUGCUCUGAAACCCAUGAAAGGCGAACCGGAAUGGAAAAAGUUUCUCGGCAAACUGUUUGGUGGUUUCCAUCUUCUGCUCCUGUUCGGCGCCUUCCUCUGCAUGGCUGCUUUCUUCAUGGAGUACAGCACUUCGGAUCAGCCGUCUUACGAUAACUUGUGGUUAUCGAUCAUUUUGAUCAUAUUGGUUAUCGGAACCACCAUUUUCGCUUAUUAUCAAGAAAGGCAGAGCAGCAACAUUAUGGAUUCCUUCAAAGGCAUGAUUCCACAGUUCGCUGAAGCUACAAGAGACGGAAAGAAGGUAACGAUGAAAGUUGAAGAUCUGGUAGUGGGAGACCUUAUCGACGUGAAAUUCGGAGACCGCCUGCCAGCCGACAUUCUCAUCCUCUCGUGCAGCAAUUUCAAGGUGGACAACUCUUCGUUGACCGGUGAAUCAGAGCCGCAAGCCCGAUCGGCCGAGUGCACUCACAACAAUCCGCUGGAGACCAAAAAUCUGGCCUUCUUUUCAUCUAACGCUGUCGAAGGUGUGGCCCGAGGGAUAAUCAUCAGGGUCGGAGACAACACCGUCAUGGGUCGUAUUGCUUCGCUAACAUCUGGUGUCGAUGCCGGACCGACUCCUAUGGCCCGUGAAAUUCAAGGCUUUAUUCGCCUGGUUUCUAUGAUCGCUAUUACUACUGGCUCCAUCAUCUUCAUUGUCGCCAUGGUCCUUGGAUACAGCUGGAUUAACUCAAUCAUUUUUCUGAUUGGAAUCGUCAUGGCAUACGUCCCACAAGGACUGGUUCCAACCGUCGCGAUUCUUCUCACAUUGACGGCCAAAAGGAUGGCCAGGAGGAAUUGCUUAGUCAAGAAUCUUGAAGCCGUGGAAACACUCGGCUCUACUUCGACCAUCUGCUCCGACAAGACGGGCACACUAACGCAGAACCGCAUGACCGUGGCUCACGUCUGGUUUGACGACGUUAUUCGACAGAUGGAUACCAGUGAAUCCCAAAGCAGUGAUGUGGUGUUUGACAAUACCGCGUCUGGCUGGAAGGAACUCAGCCAGGUAGGCAAACUAUGCAGUCGAGCCGAGUUUGUUCCUGGACAGGAAGACAGACCUAUUUCAAAAAGAGACGUCAAAGGAGACGCUUCUGAGCAAGCCAUUCUCAAGUGUAUGGAACAGGUCGACGGUAACGUUGCCGAAUAUCGCAAAGAAUUCCCAACAGCUUGUGAAAUCCCCUUCAACUCCACCAACAAGUAUCAGGUGUCUGUUCAUCGACUGAAUGGAGUUGAAUCCUCAAACUACAUCCUAGUCAUGAAAGGAGCCGCUGAAAGAAUCAGCGCCUUGUGCUCAACCAUUUUGGUGGAUGGCAAAGAAGUUCCGCUGGAUGAGGGAUGGAAGAAAAAGAUCGACGACGCUUACUUAAAAUUAGGAGGCCUGGGAGAGCGUGUGAUCGGAUUUUGCGAUUUACAAUUGCCAGCGGCAGAUUUCCCAGACGGUUUCAAAUUUGACAUCGACAAUAUCAACUUCCCCAUCAAAGACUUGAGAUUCGUUGGCUUGAUGUCCAUGAUCGAUCCUCCGCGAGCCGCUGUACCGGAUGCCGUCCGUCUGUGCCGUUCGGCUGGAAUUCGAGUUGUCAUGGUGACCGGUGAUCACCCCAUCACGGCAAAGGCGAUUGCCAGAUCGGUCGGCAUUAUCUCACCCAACAACGAAACAAUCGAAGAAAUUGCCGAGCGAUUAAAGAUCCCUCAACGGGAUCUCGAUCCUAGAAUGGCCAAAGCCAUCGUCAUUCACGGAGCAGAUCUCAACGAACUCGACCAGGAUCAACUGGAUAACAUUUUAAGACAUUAUUCGGAAAUCGUCUUCGCCCGGACAUCGCCUCAACAGAAACUCAUCAUCGUAGAAGGUUUCCAGCGUCUUGGAUCCAUUGUGGCCGUCACCGGAGACGGUGUUAACGAUUCGCCGGCAUUGAAAAAAGCUGAUAUCGGUAUUGCCAUGGGCAUCACAGGCUCUGACGUCUCGAAACAGGCGGCCGACAUGAUUCUUCUCGACGACAACUUUGCCUCCAUUGUUACGGGUGUUGAACAGGGCCGUUUGGUAUUCGACAAUCUCAAAAAAUCAAUUGCUUACACCAUGGUUACUAAAAUCCCGGAGGCUGCCCCCUUCGUGGUAUUUAUUGUCGUUAAUAUGCCUCUGAUGCUUGGCGCCAUUCCAAUUUUGUGUAUCGAUCUCGGCUCUGACUUGUUUCCCGCUAUUUCAUUCUCAUACGAGCGACCAGAAAGUGACAUCAUGAAACGUAAACCCAGGAAUAUGUUCACUGACAAACUUGUCGACAAUAAGUUAUUAGAAAUUGCUUUCUGGCAUACGGGAGUUUUGGAGAGCUUUGGUUGCUUCUUUGCCAUGUUCGUCAUCCUUGGAGAGAACGGUUUCAGACCCUACGAUCUAUUAGGCAUGCGAGCUGAAUGGGACUCUAAAGCCAUAAACGACCUUAAAGAUUCAUACGGCCAAGAAUGGACCUACAACGCCCGGAAAGAACUAGAGAAAACUUGCUACGCUGCCUAUUUUGCAAACGUGGUGGUUCAACAAUGGAGUUCCCUUCUGACCAGGAAAACGAGAAGGCUAUCCACUUUCAAACAUGGCUUUGAAAACAAAUUGAUGAAUUUUGCCCUUUUCUUUGAAACAUUGUUGACGUGUUUUUUCAUCUACACACCCGGCUUGAAUACCGUCAUUCAGCUCCGCCCAAUCCGUAUUACUUGGUGGCUUCCGGCGAUUCCCUUCUCUAUCUUAAAUUUCCUUUACGAAGAAGCAAGGAAGGCAUGGAUUCGAAAAUUCCCCGACGGCUGGUGCUCACGAGAACUUUAUUAUUAACAGUUCAACUAUUUAGCUACGUCAUUGCUUCUUCAAGACUGUUCUUGUUUGAAAAUCGGACAGAGAAGUUAGAAAAUGUGUGAUGAUCACAUAACACUGUUAAAUAUAAUAAUUUUGUAAUUGCGCAAAAGUGGUGAACAUGGGUUAAAUCUUAUAUAUAAAUAUGAAUAGAAUCAAUGCAAAUCA